AUGGACGCCCUCAAGGACUUCGUCGAGCUCAUCAUGACGCCCUCGGCGCCCGUCUUCAUCAUCGGCGGGCUCAUCGUGCUGCUCGUGCCCAUCCUCAUGCACUUCUGGGUCACCAAGUCGACGACCUACACCGUGCUCCCCUCCAUCCUCCUCACGGGCCCCUCGGGCGCGGGCAAGACGUCGCUGCACACCCUGCUCGAGCGCCGCGCCUCCCCCUCCGAGACGCACACGUCCCAGACCUGGUCCACCAUCGAGCUCGCCGUCAGCGAGGACGGCGGGUCCUCCUUCCGCGACGACCUCGACGCCGCCGGCGCCACCGCCAACAAGUUCCUGCUCGUCGACACCCCCGGCCACGGCAAGCUGCGCCACUACGCGCACGGGCGGCUGACGGCCGAGGGCACGCAGUCGACCAAGCUCAAGGCCGUCGUCUUCGUCGUCGACGCCGCCGCCCUCUCGGAGCCCGACGUCCUGGCCGACACCGCCUCGUACCUGUACGACGUGCUGCUGGCCCUGCAGCGCCGCAUGGGCAGCACCCGCACCAGCAAGGCCCCCUACGCCAUCCCCGUCCUCGUCGCCGCCAACAAGGCCGACCUGUUCACCGCCCUGCCCGCCAAGCUGGUCAGGAGCAACCUGGAGAAGGAGCUGGGCCGGAUACGCCGCACCCGCAGCAAGGGCCUGCUCGACUCGGGCGCCGCCGCGGACGGAUCCGGCCCUGGGCUGGACGAUGCGGACGACUGGCUCGGCGAGUACGGGAGUGCCGACUUCAAGUUCGACCAGAUGCGGGAGUUUGACACUGAGGUCGAUGUUGUGAGCGGCAACAUCAUUGGGGAUGGCCCUGGUAUCGACGCGUGGUGGAAAUGGAUUGGAAGCAGGAUAUCUGUCUGGCAAGGAGACCGGAAGCACGCCAAGAACUAG